AAGUCUUUCCCAUAUUCUUUUAUUACAAGCCGAUGAUUACUCUGAUUUACAAAUAAAAAAAUUCUUUAAGGAUACAUUCGAGGAACUAAGGAAGGAUAUAAGAGUGAAUAUUCUUGGAAAAGAAAAAUUAUCUAAAAAUAUUAAGUCAACCCUACGAGAAUAUAUUGAAACCGCUCUUGAUGAAGAAGGUGGGCUCAACGAGCUUCGAAAAUUGAUAAUAGAAUCAUAUUCAAAAGAAUUUGAUAUAGCGGAAGAACAUGAAAUUUUCCUAAAAAUGCAAUUAUUAUUUCAACAAUUAGCAAAUAAUAUUCCAAUCCAUUUAUCAAAAGAAAAAACUAGUGAAGGCACAUUAGGAGCAAACAUCAUUAGUCCUAUACUAUGUAUUUUCUUUCACGAUGUAUCUAUUCAUCCCACGACAUGGCCUAAUACAUCAAGUAGUAGUGCUAAGGUUCGUAAGCUCGCCAAUGAUGAUCCCACUCGUGCAAAACAACCGGACAUGAUAGGAAAUAUUCUUAACAAUG